GAUCUGCUUUGUGUAGCUUCGAAUGCCGAAUAAAAGUUGAAGUUGUUGCUUUUGCGUUUGAUAUUCUUGAACCACAGGUUUUACAUGUUGCAGCUCUUUUGUUGCUGCAAACAACAUAAUCUUGGAAGAUUAUGGAAUCUUUUUGGAAUUUGGAAUCUUUGUGGAAGACAAUGCUACCACAAAGUGCCUCUGUCAUCAGGGAAUGAGCGCUCUUUCGACUUUGUCAUUGUCCAGCGCAAAUUGAUUAACUGUUUGACUGGUUGAAUGUUGACCUUGGAAAUUAAGACUGGUGCUGAUUUGCUGAAAAUGUAUAGUUUGUUGGGGAAAACGAACAGUUGGUUUACUAAACACUUUUGAAAACGCAUCAAGUCAAAGGGCUCGAGUCCAAGUGAAGUCACAAAUUGCUGUCAAGGUCAAAGUCGAGUCUUCUUUCCCUGCUGAACCCCCCCCCCAAAAAAAAUAGAAACCAUCACAGAAAUUCUAAUUCUAAUUGCUUCCAGUACAAAUACCAUUACAAGCCGUUAAAUCCAUUACCAAUAUUGGUCCUUAAUGGUAUCCAUUAGACAUAACCUGCCACCAAUACAAUGCAACAAAUUACCAGUAGAGACCCAGACGGACCAUUACAGUUUCCAUUCAAACCAAUACAAUUCCAAUUAUCAAGGGCGUAGAUUUGCAUAUGGACGGUAGGGAUAUGUCCCUCCCAAUAUUUUGGGAGAGCAGAAUUUUAGAAUUUAGAAUCUUCUAGUCUUUAAUCUGUUGCUUCGUAUAAUUUGUAUUUAAAUGUAAAUACAGAUCUUAAUAUAAAUAGAGAUGUUAUAUUUUAAUAAACCAUUUGGUUGUCAACAUUAAACAGUCCUUUUUUUUUUUUUUCCCGGGGUGGGUGGACCAAACCUACGCCCUUGCCCAUUAUAACCAUUCCAAAUUCUAUGAGGGUUUCUAUUGUUUGUUUGUUUGUUUGUUUGUUUUCAGCAGGAUUAAUGAUGUCAAAUCUAAUCUAAAGUCAAAAUUUGUGACUCGAGUCCAAGUCAAGUCCAAGUCAUGUGCAUCGAGUCCACAAGACAGUAUGUACAUUGUGAGGAAAAUACAUUUUUGUAGUUAUUUACUCCUACACGCUUAAAAACUACAUUACCCAUGAACCUACACAGAAACACUUCCGCCUUUGCGUAAGGGCGUAAACCCAAUUGGCCGAGUCCUGCCUAGUUAGCCAUAUUGGAACUUGAAGUCUUGCUAGCAACUCUGGGUAGAUCGGGUUAGGCUUUUCACAUUUUCUUCUAGAAAAAUAAUAUAUAUAAAUAUAUAUAUCUAAAUAUAUAUUGUAUCACGGGAUUAAAAGCCUGACGUCCCAGCCAAGACGCAGCCUGUUGUGGACAGGUGAAAAAAAAAAAAAGAAGCUGUCUCUGUUUCAUUGUGUGGCUGGAAAUUUUUUAAUAAUGAGUCCCACCGACGCGAAGCGAGGAGCGAAGCGCAGGAAGAACAAGCGGGGCGGCGCGAGCAGCACGGCAGGAAAAUCCGAGGCUUCAGCCGCGGCCCGGGCUGCUCAUUCCGCCGCAACAGCCGCCUCCACCAGGAGCUUUCUAACCACGGGGAGCUCUGGAAAUGUCGACUCGGGCCUCAAUGGAGAGGUCCCAGGUAACGGUACGCCCCAGUUUUCCGAAGGCCCUGUGAACUCCGACUUUUCCGGAGUCCUUCAGACCCCGUUCACGUUCGGCCUGAACCAGAGGGCGCCGUACACCACGGGUGAUCGCUGCUUGCUCUGUCGCAGCGAGCGCAAAGACGCCGUUUCGCAGGACUCGGGUCAGAACGGCACGGGCCAGUCGCCCAAAUCCUCCAGCGCCCUCCAGCUGCCCCUUUACGUCUGCCCCGACUGCAAACGCACUGUAGAGAAGGACGAGCGGCAGCCCCCCUCUGACCAGACCUCGAUGAGUCAGGACUUUUUGUUACGCAUGCCCAUGGGUAAUGGUGGAUUAAGCCAGGACUCGGCAGGCCCCAAUGCUAGGCUAAUGGUCGGCGCUCCUACUUUACCCACACCGGACCUCAGCACGCCGCUCUCCACAGACACCGUGUGCGGCUGUGAGGCGUGCAGCGAGAGGAGGGAGAUCACGGCGGAGUCGGAGCGGGAGUCUCAGCAGCUGCAGAAUCACUGGUCCGAGGUGCGCUACCUGGUGCGCUGUAUCUACCGGCAGACCGGCACGCCGCUGGCCGACGACCAGGACCAGCCUCUAAACCGGGACAAGGAGAGCAUGAAGGAGCUGGUGGACAGGCUGUGUGAGAAGGACCCGUACCAGCUGUACCAGCGGCUGGAGCAGCAGGCCAGGGAAUACGUGCUGGAGAUGAAGGUCCGGCUCCUGAAGCACCUGUCAGCGGGACCCGAAGGCCCAGGGGCCACUCACGGCCCUCCACAGGCGCACCAGUUCAUCUCGCUGCUCCUGGAGGAGUACAGCGCCCUCUGCCAGGCAGCCAGGACCAUCAGCAGCUUCCUGCUCACGCUGGAGAACGAGCACCUUAAGAAGUUCCAGGUGACGUGGGAGCUCCACAACAAGCACCUGUUUGAGAGUUUGGUGUUCUCCGAGCCCAUCCUGCACGGCAGCCUGCCGGCUCUCGUCGCCCAGCUCAAGCAGGGCACGGCGUCGCACGACUCGUACAGUGAGGACAUGUACAAGGCGCUGCUGGACAGUCUACACGCCCUCGAGCAGGAGAUGAAGGCCGUAGCGGCGGAGUGGACGGAGUGCAGAAAGAGGAUAGACGACUACGUGGACGAGCAGUUGCUUUUCAAAGUGGAAGGCCAGAACCUCACGAAUCAGCGCACCGAGCCACACAAGUCUCUAAUCAGUAAAAACAUGUCUUUAAGAACUAAGCAGCGGAUGCUUAAAGAAGACGGCGAGAUCUUCAAACAGAGAAGGUUCUUCGAGGAGCAGUUCCUACAGAACAGUAAGAAGUCUCUAGCAGGAGACUGCACCUUCACGGACACGGUCAAGCAGAUGCUGUCGUCUCGGCUCAGCAUUCCAGACUGUCCCAACUGCAACUAUCGGAGAAGGUGCACGUGUGACGAUUGCAGCCUCUCUCACAUCCUCACGUGCGGCAUCAUGGACGCCCCGGUCGGGGAGGAGCUUCACCUGAAGCUGCCACUGCAGGCGGAGCCUCCUCGAGACUACCUGUCCGAGGUUCAUCCUCCGAGCAUGUCUUCAGGAAGCUCCGGCUCUGGCUCCGGAUCCGGCUCCGGAUCCGCCUCCAGUUCCCCGAUCACCGUCCAGCAGCACCCGCGCCUCCUCCUGCCCCAAGACGGAGCACCCACGUUUGGCAGCGACGACGACGACGACGUUGACGAAGUGCCUGCGCUGCCAUCCAUCUACCCCCUGAGCAGGUACGAGGACGCCGGAGUGGUGGCGAGCAUGAACGGCCUGCACGCUCAGCUCAACGGAGGAGGAGAGAACACGGUGCUCAAACACGAGUCUCCACGAGGGAGCAGCAGCAGUUCCUCUGAGGGAGAUGAGGAGGAAGGGGGGGGUGAGAGCAGCACUCAGCCUUCAGGCCAGCAGGGGGAGCUCUCCUGUGGGAAAAGAGACAGUCCUCCUCCUUCUUACACACAUACACAGGUGGAGCAGGUGCAGCACCCGUGUGAGUGUCACGUGUGUAACCAGGGCGGUGUGGACGGCGGUACAGCAGGACUGGGCACCGCCGCUCUGCCUCCUCGGCACCUGCACACGGCACCCCAUCAGUUCUUUACAGACAAGAGUCCAGCUCACCCUGCGCUCCACCUCUACCCCCACAUCCACGGCCACCUGCCCAUGCACAACCUGCCCCAUCUGCCCCGGCCGCUGCUGCCCACACUGUACUCCAGCCCUCCCCUCUCACACAGCAAGACUCUCCCGCCAGCACCGGUAUCCAAUCACACAGGAGUUCAGCAGCAGCAGCAGCAGGUGUUCAGCCCGGCUCUGCCUGAGCACGUGUACCAAAGCUGUUUCAGCAGUGGAGCCGGAGACUGGAGCGCUUCUCUGUCUUGUCCCUCACUCAAAUUCGAGAACCUGUGGGACACGCACAUGAUGAAGAACUGGAACCCGAGCGUACUGCUGCAGGAGCCGCUACCCGGUGACUGUCGCCUUUCUCCUCGCUUUGUGCCUCUUCUUGACGUAACUCUUCUUGACGUAACUCUUCUUGACGUAACUCUUCUUGACGUACCCUUAGGAUUAGACUCCGCCUCUAGCUCCUCCUCGUCCCUUCCGGCUCCCGAGGGCAAGGAGAAGAAGAGCGUCCCUCAGAAGAAGAAGUGUCUGUUCAACUACCAAGAUGCCUUCAUGGAGGCGGGCGAGGUGGUGAUGGCUACGUCGUCGGCCAUCUCCUCGGUCUCCAGCACCGCCACCACUGUCCAGUCCAGUAACAAUCACAUCCACGCUUCAGCUAAAAGAGCCGCCGCGCUAGGUGAAGUAUUCCACAGUAUAGUUAAAGAGGACCAUAUACAGUCCGGCCCCAUCGCUCCUAGAAACAGCCCCACCGGUUUGGCGUCUCUGCCCCCUUUCAGCAGUGCCGCCCACCCGCCCGUCCCCAGCACGCAUCUCCCCAGCACGCAUCUCCCCAGCAUGGCCGCUCAGCCCUUAACAAAGACAGCAGCUCCGGCCCCGGGUUUCCUCGAAGCGCAUCAGACGUUGUGUGUGCCCGGUGGGGAGCCGCCCAUCUCGGCGGAGGGGCCAGUCAGCGGGCCCAGCAGUGUGUGCAGUGAUCCGGACUGCGAAGGUCACCGGUGCGAGGGGGGCGGAGCCUACGAGCACCAGACUUAUGAAGAGAGUCCGGACGAAGACAGCAGUUCAGAACACAGCUCCUCCACCUCCACGUCCACCAAUCAGAAGGAAGGAAAAUACUGCGACUGCUGCUACUGUGAAUUUUUUGGCCAUGGAGGGCCCCCCGCAGCUCCCACUAGUAGAAACUAUGCCGAGAUGCGGGAGAAGCUCCGGCUGCGUCUCACCAAGCGUAAAGAGGAACAGCCCAAGAAGGAGGAGCUGGAGCGGGACGGACUGGAGGACAACCGCAAAGUGGAGGAUCUACUGCAGUUCAUCAACAGCGGCGGCAACAAACCCGCCUCCAGCGCCAAAGCGGCCAAACGAGCGCGCCACAAACAGAAGAAGCUAGAGGAAAAAGCCCGGCAGGAGGCGGAGGCGCGAGAGCGGGAGGUGCAGCAACAGCAGCUUCUGGAGGCACAGCAGAGGCACCAGGAGGAGGAGGAGGAAGCACUUAAGCAGGAGCUGCUCCGUCUGAAGGAGAUGCAGCAGCUCCACAACUCCUCCAGCACCACCAACACAACCUCCUCCAAGAAGAAAAAGAGGGAAAGCAAGGCCAGAGAAGCUCCAACAGCAACAGUCAAGCCCGAAACGCCGUCUCCGUCACCCGCUCCCACUAACAACCCUCAGCCGCUACGCCAGAGUGCACAGAACGUUCUGGAAAACAUGCAGAAUGGCAAAGCGCACCUGCUACACGGCCUCAUCCGCCUCCAAGAGCCCGUCAAAGAGCCCGUUAAAGAGCUCAUACCUCUACCCCAAGCCAAAAUCGGCUCAACAAGCCCAAGACGCGGCAAAGAAAAACCUGCUGAAGCCCUGCCCUCUCUGCCCAAUGGCACCCUGCUGCACUCAGAACCCACCGUUGCAAGGUCCAAAUCCAAACAGCAUCCCAACAGCAGCUGCAGAACCAACAGCGAGGCGGGAAAACGGCCGCUCGACACGCCUCGACCUACAGAACCCACCUCCAAAUCGGCCCCGUCGCACACAGAAAGUAAAGUCAAGGCCCGGCCGGCCGAGGAGCAGCUCACUGAAACCAAGAGGGAGGAGAGGACGAACGGGAAGAAGCAGCAGAACGGCGUGAAGGAGGAGAGGAACUCGCCCGUGAUGGAGACUCCAGCCGUCGAGCAGAACGGGAAAGCCGUGCCGGCGGAGUCUCCCCAACCCAAAAGCAAGGCCAAGAAGAACAAGAAGAAGAAGGCAGACAAGAUGAAUAACUCCAUAGACGACGUGUUCCUGCCCAAGGACAUCGACCUGGACAGCGUGGAUAUAGACGAGACCGAGCGUGAGGUAGAAUGCUUUAAAAGGUUCUGCUUGGACUCUGCUCGACAGACAAGACAGAGGCUAUCCAUCAACUGGUCCAACUUUAGCUUGAAAAAGGCCACGUUCGCGGCUCACUAACGAGAGGACGAGACGAGACGAGAUCCUCCUACAGAGAGCGUCAGGAUACAGUCAGCGAUCCUCUCUCUCUCACUCUGUGUCUCUCUAUCUUCUCUCUCUCUCUCCUCUCCCUCACUCUCCUAUUACCAGGCUGACUGCUGAUCCCAGUGCUGCUACGCUCCAACCAACUGCUCCUCUGACCUACAUUACCCACAAUGCCUUGCCUUGUCCUCGUCACUAUAUGGUUCCUCAAAUGAAUUCAGACACUCAGCUUUGCAGUACUUAUGGAGGACGGGGGGGAGGGGAGGAGGGGUUGGAAAGGACAGACAGGAAAAGAAAAGAAAAAAAAAAACCAACCACCACCACAAAAUGCCACUCUACCGUUCUUGUUUUCUUCUGUAUCGAAUAUCUCCGAGUUGCUCCUCCUAUCAAAAUCCUCGAUUGUUUGUUUGGGAUGGAGGCCAUGUGAAACAUCCAAACGGAAAAAAAAAAUUAAGAAGUAAAAAAAAAAAGAGCCUUUUAUUCCCAGUAUUUGUGGAUACGAACAUUUUGCACUUCAUUACAGUUAGCUGAGAAGGGAACGGGACUAGGGCACUUCAGGUCCUUCCCCUUGGCCACUUGGUCCACACCAGGACGACGGCUAAUACUUGACCGAUUGUUCAUGCUGGGUUGUUCAGUUCCAUUAAAACAACUGUUCUGUAAAGUGUUAGGGGUUUUUUUUUUUUUUUUUUUCUUUCUUUCUUUUUGUUUUUUUUUGUUUUGUUUUUUCCUCAGUUCUCUUUUUUUUCCGUUCAUCCUGUAGCCAGCUUGUAUCAGACUACUUUCAGAAUCGAAUCGAAUGAAAAGAACAAUACUCACACUAUCGAUCUGUUAUAGAGUGUAUAUUGUAUUAACACUGAAGCCUGACUGGCUACUUUUUAACAUAUUGUUAAGUAAUAUUAAAAAUCUUGUCUUUCUUUUUUGAAAGAUGGAAUACAGUGGAAUGGCAGGGCUACGUGUCUGUGUGCUUAUUUCCUUUCAUGCCUCGUCCUCAAACAGUUACCCGACCAAGAUGAGAAAGCAGGGAGCUACGCUGCUAACCCCAAGGGUGAGAGUUUAAACACUAUUCUCACUGCCUGAGUGCUGCUGUAGCAAGGUUCAUAAUGGAAUAAGGUUGUUUUGUUUUGUUUUUUUCACUCUGUCAAUACAGCCACUAGUUCCUCUUAUACCACAGCGCCGUGCAGUUCUCCAGCCUGAUUGCUCAGAUUCAUUUUCUACAACAGCAGCUCAGACAUUAGCACAUGUUUAUAUUAACGCGUUCGUUCGGAUACGCUAGGGUAGACAAAGAGAACCCAAUUAAACAAACGAGACAAAAAUAUUUCUUGAGGAAAAUAAUCCAAUAUUACAUAUCUGUGAGAGGCAAAAGUAUGUGAACCUCUAGGAUUAGCAGUUUAAUUUGAAGGUAAUGUUCAUGAGUUCACCAUCAGGAGAACACUGAACAAUAAUGAUGUGCAUGGCAGGGACGCAAGGAGAAAACCACUACUCUACAAAAAGAAGAUCGCUGCCUCUCUGCAGUUUGCUAAAGAUCACGUGGACAAGCCAGAAGGCUAAUGGAAAAAUGUUCUAUGGGCGGAUGAGACCAAAAUACAACUUUUUGGUUUAAAUGAGAAGUGAUAUGUUUGGAGAAAGGAAAACACUGCAUUCCAGCAUGUGAAUCUUAUCCCGUCUGUGAAACAUGGUGGUGGUAGUGUCAUGGUCCGGGCUGUUUUGCUGCAUCCGGGCCAGGACGACUCGCCAUCUUUGAUCAAACAAUGAAUUCAGAAUUAUACCAGUGGAUUCUAAUUUUAACAAAAAUGUCAGGACAUCUGUCUGUGAACUGAAUCUGAAGAGGAAGUAGGUCAUGCAGCAAGACGACGACCCUAAACACACAAGUCGUUCUACCAAAGGACGGUUAAAGAAGAAUAAAGUGAAUGUUUUGGAACGGCCAAGACAAAGUCCUGACCUUAAUCCAAUAGAGAUGUUGUGGAAGAACCUGAAUCAAGCAGUUCAUGUGAGGAAACCCACCAACAUCCCAGAGUUGAAGCUGUUCUGUACUGAGGAACGGGCUAAAAUUCCUCCAGGCUGACAUGCAGGAUUGAUCAACAGUUACUGGAAAUGUUUACUUGCAGUUAUUGCUCCACAAGGGGGUCACACCAGAUACCGAAAGGAAAAGUUCACCUACUUUUUCCACUCACAGAUAUGCAAUAUCGGAUCAUUUUCCUCAGUAAAUAAAUGACCAGGUAUAAUAUUUUUUGACUCAUUUGUUUAACUGGGUUCUCUUUAUCUACGUUUAGGACUUGUGUGAAAAUCUGAUGACGUUUUAGAUCAUAUUUUUACAUUUUAAUGGGUUAACAGACUUUCAAGCACCACUGUAUACCCUUGAGUAAGCCUGCACUUUAAAUAAUGCAUUUACAACUCAUCAUUAAUAACCACGUUACGCAUGUUUCCGUCCUCUGUUAACGUUUCGUGAGUAUGCAUUUGGUUCCCGAGGUUCGGGCAGGUACCAGGAGGAAGUUGAUUAUAUGAGACCAAUCACAGCCAUGUUCACUUCCCUUGUGAGAAUCCAGUAAUCGGGGGGGAACAAAACAAAAACCUUCCAUCCACUUCCUUGCAUUUAUUUACCACGUGCAUUUACAGUAGAGACAGGUUUUGGGAAAUAAAAGGUGACCGUUUCCUUGAAUCCGAACAAUGACGUGAGGGGAAACCCAGCCGAACGGAUGAGCUGAGGGUAGAACUACAACCGGUACGUCUGCAUGUCGACACGUCACCUUCAGCACCGGAUCCACCCAGAAAAACAUUCCACAGGGCACAGGGACAAACUUCCGAGAGAGAACCAUGAUAACGGGUUUUAAUCAUCACAUGACGUGAAUCUAAAACAUUACAUAGUGCGUCUACGUUUUUCAUGUUGCCACGGUAGGCUGUCAUACAGGGAUGUUUUCUUUUGAUUGUUAUUGCCCUAUCUGACCGGUUCUCGAAAGUAUUGGCGCCCUAUCUGAGGUUUUGCUACGGCAAGCACCGCUCACAUUUUCUUCAGGAACUGUACGUGUCUAGUUAUUAUUCUUCUUAUUGCUUAAUUAUUACAUGAUCCUGAUCUUGGUAAAACGGGUGUGUCCAAAUAAGAAGACAAACCGCCCGAUUCUGCUUAUGUAAUUGCCGAGCAGUGCUUACGUAAUGCCGAUGAUCACUCUACAGUUUCAGGAUGGUUGCGCAACAGUGUGUUUGAACAGGAAAACUGUAUAUUCCACGUACAAAGUUUCCUGGUUGCUGACCUGAGGAAUUUUUUCUUUUUUUUUUGAAAUUGUGUGUGUGUGUGUGUGUGUGUUGUUUUUUUUCUCUCUCCCAGUAUUCAUCAAUCCACGCCAGUUCCAGCAAGUGAAGGGUAAUAUAUUCUUCCCAAAUGACACCAUGAAACCAUAUGAGAAAUUUUGAGGGGCAUUAUGAGUGGAUUUUGUUCAGUUGUAUACAAAGAAAUCACCCAGAAGAGACGGGCUCCUUUUGACUCUUCCUCAUGGCGUCUCAGGGAGUUUUUUUCUUCGCCAAUAACUAGAAUUAGAGUGAGUAAGCGGAAAUCUUUCCCUAAAUAAAAUACCCGGUUUUAAACGUGCCAGUCUAGCACGUGUAAGAAGGAGGAUGUGAAAUCGGCACGGUCUCACCGGCGUAAUUUAUUAGGGUUGGGGUUCGGGGUGAAAAUGGAUUUGACGUUCGUACCACCUUUGCAAAAGGUUUCGAUCCUCUCGUAUGACGGCGUUUUUAAAAAAAAAAAUCUGUUUAUUGUGGAAUGUCUGCGAAACUAGUUUGUUCCUGAACAGAGCCCAUGUGAUUGGUCCAAACUAAAACAAUGGGGUGGGAGGAGCUUAUACAAGCACAUCCCGGCAUUGGACUGGAUGAAGAUCUUCUGGUUGUCUUUCAUUUUUUGGUAGCUCUUGUGUAUAAAAUCUUCAAGAAGCAUCUAAAAACAUCGCUGACGAAAUAUAUUACGCAAGGAAUGAAACAGUUUCGGUACAAUAACCAAUGAUGCAGUAGUUCCUUGAACAGAGCUUGUUUUAAUCCUCGUCUCAGACCCAGUAGCCCAAACCCAGUUCUUUUUCCUCUGUCUUCAGUUCUGUCUCUUCUGUCUUUUAGCUUUAAUGCUUUCAAUCUUGCUUCUCUUUGCCUCUGGCCCUGUGACAGAUUCAGAACUUGAAUUCGGGCCUGAUCCGACCCCAGAACCCAGAUGUACUCAUGCUAGGACAAGGACUAAAGAGAAGAUAGUGCAGCAAGGUACAGGCCAAGAGGUGUUCAAGUGCCUAUUCUACUUCACUUCAUUGCUGAGUACCUGUACCGGCCCAGUAAGGUUGUACCUAUCUCCACUAAGCACUUUAAUACCUUUCCACUUGUACUGAAAGUAAAGCAGCGUUACCGUUACCACCCAGACGUCGAUCAUUUCCCGAUAAAAGUGCGUUCACAAACCGUCUCGUUCCUCUCGUACGACCGAACAAUUUUGUAUUUAUUUAUGUGUAUCCAUUUAUAACGUAAGUGAAACUAGUUCGUUUCGGUUAUGACUUGUGUCACAAGAAACCAGGAAGUGGCGGAAAAGCGCUGACACUGGAGACUCCUUCCAUAAACGUUGAAUAAACAUCUCCUUACCGAAAACCUCAGCAUGACAAUUACAAAUGCUCCUUUCUUAAAUAACAUGCUUUCUUAUUCCCAUGAAUGAGCGGUUACUAUAGAAACGAUAAUGUAUUAUACAGUAGAACGGGCGCGUUAAUAUAAACUACCGCUGUUAGAGAAAACGGAUCAACACCUUCUGACCAAUCGGAUUCGAGAAUUCAACAGUAGUAGUUGUAAAUGUAAGUUGAACUCGGGGUUUUUUUUUUUGUUUGUUUAUUUUUAAGAGUUCCAUUUAAGUCGACAAACCGUGUCCCGGACCGUUACCUGAAACGUCGGCUCUACGGGAAUUAGCGUCACGAACGCCGGAAUGUUGGUCAUUUGGAAAUCAGCUUUGCUUCACGAGUCCCUUAUCAGAGCAGAAAUGAAUCAGGUGGGCUUUUUAGGAAUGAAAACCCUGCAGUACUCUGAGGCAGCUCUUGACUAAAUGCAGGAGGUUAAAUGAGUUUGCUUUGCCUGUUCAUGACUUCAUUUUACUCACGAAGUUCCUCUUCGUUAUCGGAAAAGGGGGACGCAGACUGAGACGUGAUGGUCAUGCAGACCCGUUUCUGAAGCUGUGGAUGUCAAACCCUUUACCGAAAUCCUUCUGCAAUCGGUAUAAUUUUAAUAACAGUUUCAUAUUUCACAACCCGAGGUGCCGAGUGAGUGACUUCACUUCCGCAGAGCUGCUUGCAGGGUUGUAGGCCAUCUUAUUUUUUUCCUUUUUUUUUUCUCUCUUCUUUUUCUUUUUCUUUUUCUUUUUCUAUACUGAACCACCUCCAGAGCGCGACCUUUGAAGCUGGGCCUUUUCCCCCCACCACUUCACUUCCUGCCAAGAACACUUUCACUUUGUGCUGGAGUGGCUGCCUCCUACGAGACAGAUGAGACAAAAAAAGACCCGAGGAAGUUUUUUUUUUUCCCUGUAGGUUAAUUUUUGUCUUCAUCCCAACGCGAGAUUAUCUCUUUGGCCUUUUGCAUAAUUGAAAAAUGUUUUGUUUAUAUAUAUAUAUAUAAUAUACACACACGGAACAUUUUGGCUUUAGCGCAAUACACGGUUUUCUCCCCAACACUAAAUUUGAGUGUUUAUUUUUGUCGGGGUUUUUUUUCGUUUUUAUUUUUGGGUAGGUUUAUUUUUGUCUUUAUCCAGACACAAGGUUACUUCCUCAGCACAUUUAAUACUUGAUUUAUUUAUUUAUUUAUUUGACAUUUUUGUCCUUAUCUAGACACUACGCUAGUUCCUCACGUCCUACGCACAUUUCACAUUUUAGCAGGGUUUGUUUAUUUCUUUAUUUAGUGAAAUUUGUGUCUUUAUCCAGACACAAGGUUACGUCCUCGGCACAUGUGUUUAUUUAUUUGUUUGUUUGUUUUUUGUCUUUCUCUAGACACGAAGCUAUGUCCUUGACACAUUUCAUAUUUUAGCAGGGUUUGUGUAUUUAUUUAUUUCUUUAUUUAGUCACAUUUGUGUCUUUAUCCAGACCCAAGGUUACUUCCUCGGCGCAUUUAUUUAUUUAUUUAUUUAUUUAUUUUUGUCUUUAUCUGGACACAAAGGUAUGUCCUUGACACAUUUCAUAUUUUAGCAGGCUUUGUUUGUUUGUUUAUUUAGUGGAACUCGUGUCUUUAUGCAGACACAAGGUUACUUCCUUCGACACGUUUGUGUUUAUUUAUUUAUCUAUCUGUUUAUCUGGACACCAAGUUAUCUAAACAUAUUUCAAUGGGUUUAAUUCAUUUAUUUUUUUACAUUCAUUUAUUUAUUUUUAUUUAUCUAGACAGACGCUUAGUUCCUCACCACAUUUCAUACUAUAAUGGAUUUUUUUGUUUAUUUGUUAUUGUAUAAAAAAUUAUUAUUUUUUUUUUUAAAUCUAAAAAAAUGUAUCCAGACACAAGGUUGCUUCUUCAGCGCUUUGCAUAUUGAAGCGUUGUUGUUUGUUUGUUUGGUUUUUCUUUUUUUUUGUCUUAAUCCCAAACAAGGUUAUGUUUUGGGUGCCUCGGUGUUUUACAUAUUUUAAUGUUUUAUUUAUUUUUUAUUAUUAUUAUUAUUUGUAAUUUUGGUAAAAAUUUUUUACAACUUUAUCUCAACAUAAGGUCACAAGGGUACGUCCUCUGUGCUUUUCCUAUUUUAGUUAGUUGUUGUUGUCUUUAUGUUUGCCAGUUUUUGUUUUCAUUCCUGCACAAGGUCAUCACUUCAGUCUUUGGCAUAUCUGAGUGUUGUCUCCUUUUCAUUUUUGUAGGUAAAUUGUUUUGGUCCUUUUCCCCUCAGCAUGUAGUUAUCUCCUCACAUUUUUUUUUUGCAUAUUUCACAGGGUUUUUUUUUUUUUUUUUUUUUAACCCUUGACAGUCAGUAGCCUCGAAAAACGAGGUCACGGCAGCUUGGUUUCUCUUCUCACUCGCAAGAUACCGCCGAUCUGGUUCACUUGUUCGAAUUUCGAGAGGAAGUACACGUCUCGGUUGAUACCAGUAACAUGAUGUUGAUAUAUUACCUACUUCCUCUCAUGAGUUUUGCUUUAGAACAGCUUCUCCUUCAUAGACGGAUGAGUUUUUCAAAAAUAAAAUGCAUUUACGACACGUAGAACAGGCGGAUUGAGUAAUAACGGAGGAUUUUAUUAUUGUCCUCUCUUUCGUGAUGUUUGUACUAGACUAGUAUCAGUCAGCGUGUAAUGUGGGCGGUGUUGUGUUUAUAUGAAAUGUUUUAGCUCAGUGCUGACGCAAUGCUGACAUAACUGUAGAAUCAUGAACUUCAGCUGUGUUGAGCAAGACAGGAACGUUCAUUCGGUGCUCGACUCUGAGCUCGCCGUUUGGCCUGAGAAUAUGACCUUAUGUUCUUGCAUGGACAAUCACUCUGGAAAUAUCCAGAGCUGCCAGACUAAACAGAGUGCUCAAAGCGGUUAUUUGUACUGUAAUGGUAGAGCGUAGACGUGGUUCUUUUUGAAGAAAAUAACACAAAGAUCAAAUUAGCAGAACAAUAAGGAGGCUGGGAAAUAACUGACCAGCUGGUAGACUACAUUUGUUUUUAGUUUUGGGGGGAAAAAGUUCCCUGGUUCAAUCCCGAGCUCGGUUACUCUCCGAGUUCUCUCAGUUUCCUCGGGGUUCUCCAGUUUCCUCCUGCUGUCCAAAAACACGCACGUGUGUGAGAAUGGUGCCUCUUGAUGGACUGGCAUCCCAUCCAGGGUGUAUUCCCUGGUAUCUUACACCCAGAGUUCCCGCGAUAGACCCGGAAUCCACCGUGACCCCGAUCACUAUAACGUGAUGACUGAAAACGAAAUCGAAUAAAUGCACGAUUUGUGACUAAACACGUGCGAUUCGUGCGUGAAUCCGACACGUGCGUUUUCGAAAAACAUCAUGUCACGCUAUUUUUCGUACACGGACUUUUCGCAGUAGUCCGUGUUUUGUCCCCCCGCAAGGUUUCGUUUAUUUUCACGCAUUGUUUUCUUUUACGCACGAUCACGUAUUAUUCCCAAGAGGUUACUCAUACGUGAUUUCUUUCAAGACUUUACUCACACGACAAUCGCAUGGGAACAGCGGUCACGUCGGACAUGCAGGCGAUUUCGCGACACGUUUACUUGCGUUCAUCAUUAAAACAAUGCUUUAUCCCGGUCAGGCUUGCUGUGCUUUAGGUGACUCGUUUGUUCAUGAUUUUGGAAAGAGAACCAACGGAACACUUUAGCAAAUAGCAACAGGCGGAUUCAAAAAUAGCGAAAAUAACAGUGGGAUCAAAAUCCGGUCCCGUGCACAUCUCUGGUCUGUAGUUUAUAAUCAUCAGAAGGGAUUUUUUUUUCAUUAAAGACGGCACUGGGAAAGCCCCACUGCUGCUACUCAGACUCUCACACAAAAGAUGUUUGUCUGAGAUGAACGACAGCAACGACGUCCUGCUGCGUCUCAAACCGACACGAGUAACGUUAAAUCUGCCGCACCGUCCAUCGGCACUGCUUCUCAAAGAGGAGAACCUAUGGAUAGCAUGGCCGAUGGAAUCCUCAGAAACUCAAACGCCAGUCAGUCUACAGGUCU